AUAUACGUAUUCCAUGCAAUACUGAAAAAAGUAAAAUCAUCGAACGCAUCGAAACGAACGGAAUAUAAACGCGAACGUACGCGUAGAACGUAUUAUUAUUGUUAGCAAAUUUGUAAAAGUCAUAAAGUAUAUUAAAGUGUAUGGCACCGUGGCUGUAGAACUUCCGGCGGAACAGCAUUGUCGCAGAUGAUCACGUGAUCGAAGAUCGACUUCUUCGUUUGUGGCCACGAGGUUUUGUGGUGAAAAUUAAGUUUACCGGGUGGAAAAGGCCCAAUAUUUUUGUAUUUAUGCAAAAAUGCCCUCCAGUAAUCCCUUGCCACCCAAAGAAAAUGCCUUGUUUAAACGAAUUCUGAGGUGUUACGAACAUAAACAAUAUAAAAAUGGGAUAAAGUUUGCAAAGCAAAUUUUAUCAAACCCAAAAUUUAGUGAACAUGGAGAGACCUUGGCAAUGAAAGGUCUCACUCUGAACUGCUUAGGUCGCAAAGAAGAAGCAUAUGAUCAUGUCCGGAGGGGUCUCAGGAAUGAUUUACAGUCACAUGUUUGCUGGCACGUUUACGGACUUCUACAACGCUCGGAUAAGAAAUAUGAUGAAGCCAUCAAGUGUUAUAGAAAUGCUCUUAAAUGGGACAAGGAUAACAUUCAAAUUCUUAGGGACUUAUCGUUGCUUCAAAUUCAAAUGAGGGAUCUGGAGGGCUAUAAGGAUACAAGGUAUCAAUUAUUUAUGUUACGUCCUACACAGCGUGCUUCGUGGAUUGGUUUUGCUAUCUCAUAUCAUUUAUUAAAGGACUAUGAAACAGCACUUAAAAUUUUAGAUACGUUUCGGAAUUCCCCAAUGAUUUGUUAUGAUUACGAGCAUAGUGAAUUGCUAUUGUAUCAAAACAUGGUUAUACAAGAAUCAGGAGAAUGUGAACAAGCAUUGAAACAUCUUGACAAGUAUAGUGAUCAAAUUUGUGAUAAAGUUACUGUAAAAGAAACAUAUGGUAAAUUAAGAUUACAAUUAAAACAAUAUGCAGAAGCAGUUCAGGUUUAUAAGGAACUUUUAAAUAUAAAUCCUGAAAAUACAACUUAUUAUGCUAGGCUAGCAGAGGCUGAAAGACACACUAAACCUGAAGAAACAUUAGCUAUGCUCCAAAGAUACGAAGACUUGUUUCCUCGAGCGCUAGCGCCGCGUCGCUUACAAUUAAAUUAUGCUAUAGGCGAUGAAUUUAAGAUAUUAGUAGACCGGUACUUACGAAGAGGUCUUCAUAAAGGUGUACCACCUCUGUUUGUAAAUCUUCGUUCCUUAUAUAACGAUCAACAAAAAGUUGACACUAUACAGUCUUUGGUUUUGGAAUAUAAGGAGGCGUUAAAAGCUCAUGGGCAUUUUAGUGAUCAAGAGAAAGAUAACCCGCGAGAACCAGCUUCGGCACUGUUAUGGACUUAUUAUUAUUUAGCACAACAUUACGAUCACCUUGGACUUACAGAAAAAGCGUUAAACGAAAUUGAUGCUGCCAUAGAACACACACCUACGCUUAUAGAACUUUUUGUUACCAAAGGUCGCAUUUAUAAGCAUGCUGGUAACGUCCAAGAGGCUUAUAAGUGGUUGGACGAAGCACAAGGAUUAGACACAGCCGAUAGGUAUAUUAAUUCCAAAUGUGCCAAGUAUAUGUUGCGUGCAAAUCUGAUCAAGGAAGCGGAAGAAACUUGUGGCAAGUUUACCAGAGAAGGAGUUUUAGCCAUGGAGAAUCUAAACGAAAUGCAAUGUAUGUGGAUUCAGACAGAAGCCGCUAAUGCUUACAAACGCCUUGGAAAGUACGGGGAAGCGUUAAAGAAAUGCCACGAAGUUGACAGGCAUUUUUCUGAAAUCAUAGAAGAUCAAUUUGACUUUCAUACCUACUGUAUGAGAAAGAUGACUUUGAGGUCCUACGUGGGUCUCCUAAGGUUAGAAGACGUAUUACGGGCUCAUCCGUUUUAUUUUAAAGCAGCAAAAUGUGCAGUGGAGGUUUAUUUACGACUACACGAUGAACCGUUACCAGAUCCGACUCAAGCGCAGGAAAUCGACACCGAACAUCGAUCGAUGAAGAUGAGCGAGCAUUUCAUCUUUGAACAAUCGGCGCAUUAUCGACGUGACACGAACUCACGUUCUCAAAUUAACCAUUCAUUUGCAAUUCCUUGAUACUCUGUGAUCGAG